AUGUUUGGCAGAAAAUCUAUACCAGAACAAACGAAGGCUCAUAAUCGUGAGUUGAGAAAAACUGAUCGGGAAUUAGUGCGCGAUCGUCACAAACUCGAAGCGGAAGAACAGCGCAUAGUAAACGAAAUUCGAAAAAAUGCAUCCGGUGGCAAUAAAAAGGCAGUAGAGAUCUUAGCAAAGCAAUUGGUUAAAAUACGAAAUCAAAAGGCACAGUCGUUUCAAGCAUCAAGUCAAAUACAAGGUUUAGCCACACAAAAUACAAUGAUGGCUUCGAAUGUACGAAUGGCCAAUACAAUGCAGGCUACCGCUAAAACCAUGGCUAAGAUGAAUAAGGUUAUGAAUCCAGAAAAAAUGGCUAAAAUUACUCAGCAAUUCGGUCAGGAACAUACGAAGCUGGGUAUCAAAGAAGAAAUGAUGGGAGAAACACUGGAUGCUGCUUUCGGACAAGAAGGUGAUUCAGAUGAAGAAGAUGCCAUUGUCAAUCAAGUUCUCGAUGAAAUCGGCAUUUCAUUCAACGAAAAAAUGGCUGUUGCUCCACGAGUUCCUGCCGGUGCCACCGGUAUGAUAUCGAAUCGACGACAAGCCAACAACGAAGACGCCGAGAUUGAACGAAUGUUAGCAAAUCUCAAAUCCUAA